AGAGCGUAGCAACUUUAGAUGCUGUGGAUUUUAGUUUUAUUAUCAUAAGAAGACUUGUACAGGCCACCAUUCAAUGUUUUUAUAUUGUUUUAUGACUCUGAGAUUUUAUAGUGUCAGUGUUAUUCCAUAAUUUCUUCCUUCAAAAUUUAGUGAUAGAUCAUCUUUCAACUUUGAGUCUAGGUCUUGAGAAGUGUAAUAAUUCUGUUCUAUCUGAACAGAAUCCCAACGUGAAUACGGUACUCGAAGUUCAAUUUAUAUUCACUUAAUAACACUCUGUUUAUUUAACUAUCGUGGGGUGUUGUCAGAAUUGAUUUACUGUUAUUGACAACACAUCUGUUUAGAAUUUCGAAAAGUUAUCUUUUAAAUAUUUUUUCUACAAAAUGAUUUUGUCUUACAUGAAGGAUUACUUACUUAUUUAAUCCUCCGGUAAUCAGAUGAAGUGUUUAAUAAAGCUUUAGCUCCAUUUUAUCAAAUAUUGUCUAAAUUAUAUCUGGUCCAUGUAUACUAUGUCAUAAAUUUUAAUAAAAACGCAACUGCCUGAUCGAACGUGUUUCCUUCAUUCCGUCAUUUUUGUAAUUGGUUGGUGAUAUUGUAGCUUAGGUUAUUUUUAUUGGAUCAAAUAUUCAGCUGUAAGUGAUGGUUGGUGAGUAUCCUGUUCAUGUGGAUAAGAUAAAUAUGUCAUUGCUCCAUUUUAUUCGGAAACUCCUAAAAACACUUUAAGGGAAUAAUCAUGCGUAUAAGUACUAUUAUUACAAAACAAAUGAAAAUGGUUUUGUAUGGACUCACAUUCUAUACCUGUGUUUGAGCAAUGAUUCCAAAUGAACUCGUUCAUCAUAAAACAGUGUCGCUGAAUUUUCUAAUUUUUCUUCCAUCUCAUUAAUAAAGCAAACUAUUGUAAAACAUUCACGAAUAAAACUGACUUUAGCAAUAUACAUAAUAAAUUUUGCUUUUAGAACAUUGAUUGUUAUAAUUAAACAACAUCAUUAACUGCAUAAGGCUUUGUUUUCAGAACUUAAGUAAUACCAGUUUACCUAACACAGAAAUGGUUUGUAAUGGUUUAGUUGAAUAUAGUAUGUUUGAAUGUACAAAAAGGCGAAUGAAUUUUAAUGUAUAAUUAGUUUACAAAUAUGGAAAUUUACUAUAUUGUAUUAAUCAGUUAUUUCGAUAAAUUAAAUAAUACAAUUUAGGGCUUACGUAUUUGCAAUGUUAUAAGAAAAUGCAUUUCAGUUCUGUGUAAAAAGGCACAGCGGAAAGUGAUGUUCUUCUUGAGUUUCAAUAUUGGAAUCAAAAUGGCUCUUUAAUUUCACUAAAAGAAUCAAAUAAUUCUGUCAUCCGGCCCAUCGAUAACGUAACCAUAGGAAAGAUGCAAUCAGGACCUUCGAAUUUCACCAUUUUUGCAAAAACUCCUGGUCAUAUAUAUUUGGGAAUAAAGCCUACUCCAAGAGUAAACAUUGUGAACGCAGGUAAACCUAUUUGUUCUGUGACCGUGGUGCAUUUUCGUUGGUUAAAUAUACUUCAAAUUGUUAUUGGUUGGCUUUAUUUUACCGCUUGGACAGUUUCAUUCUACCCACAGUUUAUAUUGAACUGUAGACGAAAAAGUGUGGUUGGAUUCAAUUUCGACUUUGCUGUGUUAAAUGUGAUCGGAUUUUUCUUCUACAGUAUAUACAAUAUUGGUUUAUAUUGGAUUCCACUUAUUCAGGAACAAUAUAUACAAAGAAAUCCUUUGGGUUCAGUACCUGUACAAGAGAAUGAUUUGGCAUUUGCACUUCAUGCAUUUCUAAUUUCUUUAUUAACAGCUUUACAAAUAUUAUGUUAUGAGCGCGGUCGUCAACGUGUAUCAAAGACCUGUAUAGGAAUCAUAAUAUUAAUCAUUAUCUAUACAAUAAUCAUUUGUAUAUUGGGCAAAGUUCAGGUCACUGAAUGGUUAGAUACAUUCUAUUUCUUAUCUUAUAUUAAACUAUUUAUCUCAUUCAUUAAAUAUGCACCACAGGCUUUAAUGAAUUUUCGUCGAAAGAGUACAGUUGGUUGGAGUAUAGGUAAUAUUAUAUUAGAUUUCACUGGAGGAAUUCUAAGCAUUGCACAAAUGUUUAUUAUAGCAUACAAUACGAAUGAUGUUAGCAGUAUAACUGGGUCACCAAUCAAGCUUGGAUUAGGUGUUUUAUCAAUUGGAUUUGAUAUUUUAUUCAUGGUACAACAUUGGUGUUUGUAUCCAUCCUCCUCCUCAUCCCCAUCAUCAUUAUCAUCAACAUCAUCGUCAUCAUCACCGACAUCUUCAUCACGAUCAUCAAGAGAAAUAUUAAACAAAUCUGAAAAACGUGAUCUUAAAAUAGAAGUAACAGAGUAAUACUACUGAAAAUAUGAUUUUUUAUAUAUAAAAUAAUAAAAACAACAGAUAAUCUAUUUUUCUGUUCUCCUUUACUUUGAUUAAUUUUCGAUUUUUUUAGGUAAUAUUUUAAUAAUUUUUUAUUUAUUAAACUCUAGUUUUUUCCUUAGUAACAAGAGGAAAGUUUAUCUUUUUCUCCUUCUACUUCUUCUUCUUUAUGAGAUGAAUAAUCCACUUUGAUUAAGGUAUAAUUUUUUUCAAUGCUUAAUUGAUUUCUAAUUUAGGUACUUGAUCAAGUUCUAUUCUCUGUUUUACAUGUUCUAUGCUUUGUAUAAAUGAACUUUAUUGAUUUUUUAAAAUUAUGUAAUACAUAUUUUGUUAAUGAAAUAAUAUUUAGAUGAAUUUAA